AUGAUUGGGAACUUCCAAAAACCUUUGAAGGAUUCUGUUCCGUCGAAUGCAACCGUAUAUAACUGGAUAGCUGAGUUUAAACGUAGUCGUAUCAGCACAUUGGUUGCACGACACAGUGGUCGUCCAAAUGAAGUGACUACACCAAAAAUGAGUCCGGAUCCUACUUUUAACCCCAACCUGUUUUCCGAAGAUGAAGAAGAAUCAUACCAAGAAUUUCAGGCAAGCUCGCGAACCAUUUCGGAGGCGCAGCCACCACCGAUUGCGCCGAUGACUCCUCGCAACACCCGACUCAAUCCAAAUCGACCUCAAAUCUCAAAUCAGUUUCUAACAUCGGAGAAUUUGCCAUCAUCGUUAGCGAGAGUCGAAGGCUAUGAAAGCGAGUUUCCAUACGUAGAUAUGCAAGAUAUGGGUAAUCUAUACGAAAAUAUUCGAAACGCUUCUACAAACACCUAUCGUACACCACCGAGACACAAUCCGCCUCGGUGUUGCGACGUGCCGGCCCUGCAAUCGCCAAAGAACGCAGUGGCACCUACUCAAACGUUAAUAGCAACUUCGAACGCCAAUGCCGACUAUGCCAACAGUAUCCAAAGGAUGAAGAACGCUCUCGCGGAUCAGCAAGCGGGUAUGGCCACGAAAAAGGAAUUGGAAAACAACAAGCUCAAUCAACUCUCACAGGACGAUAAGGCGAACCUAACGACCAGUCCGGCGAACAUUAUUUCGAUGUCCAUGUACAACGGUCAAAUCUCGAACGCAGAAGCGUCGAGCAGCCGGCACAUUUCUCAGGCCUCAAUCUUGAAGAGUUUAGAAAGUACCAUAGAUUGCUCUCCGGCGCAAACCGUGUAUUUGAAUGGUUUAAAUAAUACUGCGUGCGGGAGCAACGUUAGCUCGAUUAUCACGCCACACAUUAGUGCCGUUCAAGCCGCGACUUCGCAAAGCACUCAUAGUUUUGUACAUAGUAAAAAUAAUCAAAACACCGGGACGAAUGCGAUACCUUUGAAUGGCUCUUCUCAUAUGCUUGGGCAAGGAUUGACUUUGUUUACUAAAAGCGGUGUACACACCACUACCGGAGUGGUUUCGCCGGCAUGUUCCUAUCAAUUUCCGGAAAACAUUGACCAGUGUUUCGAAUCGUGUUCGCAAUGUUUUUCGAAGCACGGGACUAAAGAUCUCAAAUGUCACGUGUGUUAUGGGAAGAUGAAUCCAGGCUACGUGAACAUUGGCACGCCCGCUAAUGGUAAACCGGAGAUGCACUUUAUCGACGACGAAAUUCGCGCCGAUACAGAAACAUUGGAGCUAAUGCGUAGCGUUCAUAGAACUUCGACAGUGAUCAGCAUCAGUCCGAUGUGCUCAAACGACUCAAUUGUUCGAAGCUGCAGUGUCGGGUAUUUAGACUUGGUGGAUGCUCAAUUGGUUCCGUGCGACGUAGCCUUAAGAAUGCUUCGACGAGAUGCGCCAAACAAGAGGCUAGUUUUGGUGUCGCGAAAAACGAAACGAAGGAAAAAGAAUAAGCCCCAACAUACUGAUAUAAUUCAACAGAGCUCAAAACCGCCCAGACUCCGUAAUUGCGGCAAGUCCAAAAGUCUUGAUUCUAGCGAUAUAUUUCCGAGUAACGAACAGAUCAUUACUGCGCCGCAAUUGCCAGAACAUAUUGAAGAGGCGACAGGUAUUGUUAAUUGCGAGACUGUCGAUGAUAAGUGCAGCGAAUUUAUGGUACAACCGAUAGAUGAAACACACGAGGUUGUGUCUAAAUACGAAGAAAUUGAGAAAAACAUUACCGGAAGUCUUACAAGGGAAAAACUGAACCAGUUAGAAGCUGCUGCAUCUCCCAUUAGAGGUUCAAGCCCGAGUGGAUCUUUUGCUUCAUCGCUCGACGGUCUUGCUGCGAGACUUCGAGAUUUUGAUGAGAGGCAUUCUUUACCACCACCUUCCCCUCGUCCAUCAUCAAGAUUGCCGAGGAGUUCGCCUAGUAGUCCAGCACCUUCUAAAAAAGGCAAACGGCCCGCGUCAGCUUCUCCAAUCCGAAGAAGGCUUCUGUCGAGCCCGUUAUUGAGUAGAAGAAUGAGAAAAAGUCGCGGCGAAAGCUCGGACGAGGAAGGACUUCUUCAAGAUGACUCCUUGACGUGUUAUAGAGAUCUAGAGACAUUUCAAAAAGCUCAACUACGUCAGAAGUUAAAACAAAGAGGAGUGGGUGUUUCGGGUUCCAAACCAGAAGCGAUAAGGCGCGAAUUGGUGAUGCACAAUAAGGCACCCAUGUGGAACGAAUCCAGUCAAGUGUAUCAGCUCGAUUUUGGUGGCAGAGUGACUCAAGAAAGCGCUAAGAACUUUCAAAUUGAAUUCAGAAAUAGACAGGUAAUGCAGUUUGGCAGAAUAGACGGCAACGCGUACACGUUGGACUUUCAAUAUCCGUUCAGUGCUUUGCAAGCGUUCGCUGUUGCUCUAGCAAACGUCACGCAACGGCUGAAGUAACUGUCGCUUUCUGAGCGAUGUUUACAUUAUGUAAUGAGAAAUGGUAGAACUUCGAAACGCACGAACUCGUGGGUGUAUGAAGAGCCGAAGCAAGAAACAAGUUCGAUUUUUCUCAAACGGGAGUAGAGGUCGAGAUCAUCUUUGAUCGUUAAGAUUGAAUAAUAAUAUACCGAUGGAUAUAUUGUUGAAGAUACUGACUAAGGAUAUUGACUGACCGAUUCUCGUAAUUCCUAAUUAAACUAUCAACCUCAGCUAUGACGAGAAAAAUGUCACGUAGCCGGAGAUUGCCGGGACUUAUAAAAUGAACGAGACGCUGGAUAUUAGACAUAUAUGUGCAAAUGAUGAGAGGCAUGCAUGCUAACUCAAGUAUUUAUGCGAAUACAGUCAUGAGCAAAUUGAAUUCGAGCGGAACACAAAGAUUUUGUAGCAACUGUGUAUAAUGUUUCGUUGAACGCUUCUUCGUCGUACCGUCCAAAAUAUUUUGUUUCCCCCAACUUCGAACGCCCGUUUUGUAUAGUUUAUGCGACACGUUGGAGUCUAGUAACGCUGUUGAAGAUUCAUCUCGUUCAUUUUUUCAGUCAGCCGAAUGUAUUCGAAUUUUAUAUACAUAUACUAUAUGAACGAACUCGCACAGUUGGGGCGGGACUUUCGUGUUGUUCAAUUAAAUGUUUCUUAAACAGUUAUGAUGAGAGUAAUGAUAAUAAUAGUAACAAUAAUGAUAACGAUAAUAAUAAUAAUAAUAAUAAUAAUAUUAAUAUUAACAUCAAUAGAACAAUUUUAAGAUGUAACGUAACGUCCGGCCUGUAAUGGUCUCCGCCAUUAACGGUAGCAGAGCAGACUGAUUCUAAGGGAAGUGACGAAAGGAAAAUAGAGCGAAAGUAUGAACAUCUAAAUCUAAGUGUAUGCAUCAAAAUAAUCCACGUAUAUACUUAACCACUUGAGUAGUAUGUACGCAAUAGUGUGCGCCAAGGUCCAUACAUAAGUGGCAUUCACAUACUAAUGCGCAUUAUUGCCUUGGAAAGAACUUACCUCAUUUCUUCGCUAAAAAUGUAUUAUUGAAUUUAAAAAAAUUAAUUGCAUGUUUUCGAUAUCAUGGAAUACGAAUUUUAUAUCAAAAUAACAUAAUUUUCAAUUCCCGAUACACUAUUUUUUGUUUAAUAUACAAUUUAAAAGGGGUAUAAAGGGGUUUGAUUGCGGGAAAAGUCGAUUCAACAUGU